AUGCAGUUGCGCUGUUGGUACACAGGCAGCAACCUUAAACCCCAUGUCAAGGAAAAGAAGUUUCAUAAGUUUGAAUCUUCUGAAUGGGUAACGCUUUGGCCUUCAACUAUACCUUAUAGUUAUUUGGGAGUAUUUGGUACCUUCCUUACUUAUUUAGUAGAAAACCACCACAAAUGGGUAUGCUAUGGGUUCUGGGUGUCCUGGUUGAUUCACGUAGUGGAAGCCUUCUACAGUGUUAAGUUAUGCGAAUCUAAAGGAAUCACUGACCCAGGAAUUCAGUUUCAGUGGUUCAUUCAGACGCUUUUGUUUGGGUAUGCUUCCUUUGGUCUUCUGGUAUCCUACAAACCUUCAGCCAAGAAGCACUAG